AUGCCGACCUGCCCCGUGUGCGAGCAGAACGUCGACGCCGACGACGUUGCGUUCGAGCAUCAUGUCAAUGCCCAUUUCGACGAGCCCGCCGAGACGUCGGCGGCCGGAGCAAGACGUUUGAGUAAUGGCGCCGACGGCUCUGACGACUCGAUCGAGGCUCCUGCGAAGCCGCCGUGCUUUGUGUGCGGCAAAGCACUCGACCACCUCGAUGAGGCGGCAACGAAUGCUCACGUUACCGCUUGUCUUGUGCAACGCGGGGACGGUGAGCGGGAACUGGACAACCCGGACAACUACGACUACAGCUCGGAGGAAGACUUCCCCGACUUUGGACACGAGGGACCGGAUCCGAAUCAGACGGGCGCAAGGAAGCACCGCAAGAACGGCGUGUGGGAUGCAGCAGCGUUUGCGAACCGAUCAUACAGGGCCAAGCAGCGGGAUAAGUGGUGGGACCCAGUAACAGGCCGACUGGACGCGGGCAGCGUGCCGCCAAACUUUUCGCCAGGCGUCAUGCCCGUCGUGCGCCAGCUCAUCGCCCAGGACCGCAAGUGCGACGGCGUCACAGUCCGGCAGGCCGUGCACAUCAAGGGCGCGUGGGGUUUCGAUGGCAGCGAGUGGGAGAAGACGGAGCCUGGCGUGCGCACAAUCCAGCAGUGGAUUGAGGACGCUUGGCGCGCCGGCUUCGACCCGCACGGCAAGCAGCAGCUCAAGGGCAAGCUCGUCGGAACGAGCAAGUGGAUCGGGACGUCUGGUGAGCUCCCCCUGGGUUGUCGUCGAGCUGACUCCAGACCUCUACGCCAUGUUCUCCUACCUGUGCAUCGACACCAGGCUGGCCGACGCACCAAGUGCUCGGGCUAUGGGUCAAGCGAUACUUUGAUUACGCGUCACGUCAUAUCUUCCUCUUAUCCUCCAGGUGAACUUCGUCGGCUAGGGAAUGAGCUGACCUCAGCACGCCGGACACUCGCGCACGAUCGUCGGGUACGAGGAACGCAAGGGCGAGAUAACGCUGCUGAUACUGGAUCCGGCCAAGUGAGCUUCCCCGCAUUUGUCGCAGCUGACAGCAGGACUGUGCCCAAGGAUGUCCGGGCGGCAGGCAUCGAGGCGGCCCGAGAGGCGCGAUCCGCACGGCCCUCUGCGUCGAGCGACUCGCCCGAUGACGUGCUGGAGGGUGCAGCCGCUGCGGCGCCCAGCGAUUCCGACGAGGUGACGGCGGACGGCUGGGUGCGGCGCAAGGUUGUGAGCAAGGUCGCCAAGGCGGGGCAGAAGGUGAGCGCGAUGGGGAGCGGACUGAACGUGUUCCGUGUCAAUCUCACACGUUGGAGCGGGCACAACCAGUACCAGAUCCUUGCGUUCAGUGGGGGCCGGAUCGGUGCUGGGGAGAGUGCGAAGCGCAAGCACCCGACGUGCACUGCUGUGGACGCUGUGGACCUGGAGUGA